UUUCGUAAUGUUUAUGUCAGACAUACCGUAUCUUUAUAUUUAAUCUCAGUUUACAGAAAACCCUAGCCCAAGGUAAAAGGUUUUCUGAGUCAUUUCUGUAGAAAUAUCUGCAAAACUAUAGGAAAAUCGAUUGGAUGUGAGCCAGAAUCCACGCGUUUUAAUGCAGUAGACCAUUACGUAUGAACCCGGAAGAAUUGCCUACACUGCUUCAUUUCUAGUUAAACGUACAGCUGAAUCGGCUGACGCGCUCUCUACGCCGCGCUAGAACAGUGGAACUCCCCGAAGACAAUGAGACAGCUGUCUACACCCUCAUGCCUAUGGUGAUGGCUGACCAACAUAGAUCAGUCUCAGAACUGCUCUUGAACUCCAAGUUUGAUGUUAACUAUGCAUUUGGGCGAGUAAAGAGAAGUCUUCUUCAUAUUGCUGCCAACUGUGGCUCAGUCGAGUGUCUGGUUCUGUUACUAAAGCGAGGCGCAAAUCCAAACUACCAGGACAUCUCUGGCUGUACCCCACUCCAUCUAGCAGCAAGAAAUGGGCAGAAGAAGUGCAUGGGCAAACUACUGGAAUACAGUGCAGAUGUCAACAUCUGCAACAACGAAGGUCUUACUGCUAUUCACUGGCUGGCAGUGAAUGGAAGAACGGAGCUGCUUCAUGACUUGGUGCAGCAUGUGUCCAAUGUAGAUGUGGAGGACGCCAUGGGUCAGACAGCCUUACACGUGGCGUGUCAGAACGGACACAAGACUACAGUGCUGUGCCUCUUGGAUAGUGGAGCAGAUAUCAACAGGCCAAAUGUAUCAGGAGCGACGCCUCUCUACUUUGCUUGCAGCCAUGGGCAGAGGGACACAGCCCAAAUACUGCUUCUCAGGGGGGCCAAGUACUUGCCAGACAAGAAUGGGGUCACACCACUUGACCUUUGUGUGCAGGGUGGCUAUGGGGAAACAUGUGAGAUUCUCAUCCAGCAUCAUGGGAGGCUCUUCCAGACCCUCAUUCAGAUGACCCAAAAUGAUGACAUUAAGGAGAACAUGCUCAGGCAGGUUCUAGAGCAUGUGUCUCAGCAAAGUGACUCCAGUUACCAGAGGACACUCACCAGUCUGGCUGAGGUGGCCACUACCAAUGGACACAAGCUGCUGAGUUUGUCUAGUAACUAUGAGGCCCAGAUGAAGAGCCUGCUCCGAAUAGUACGGAUUUUCUGCCAUGUGUUCCGGCUUGGCCCAUCCUCCCCAAGCAGUGGGAAUGACAUGGGAUACAAUGGGAACAAAACUGCACGCAGUCAGGUCUUCAAGCCACUGGAGCUGCUCUGGCACUCUCUGGACGAGUGGCUGGUUCUCAUCUCCACUGAGCUGGACAGGAAGGGUGGGGAUGUAGUGGCAUCUUCUCCAGGAAGAGACAUUGCCUCGCUCUUUCUGAAGCAACGAGACGCUGACCCCUCUGUAGCCAAGGAAAGCCCUGUACUGCUGCCCCCAUCACUGGACCCCGAGGUCGUCAUGAAGGCACCUGACGCUUGUGUGGAUGGUCAGGAUGUCAUCUCCAUGACAGCCAAUCGUCUGAGUGCUGUAAUACAGGCUUUCUACAUGUGCUGCUCCUGUCAGAUGCCACAGGGUAUGACGUCUCCUCGUUUCAUCGAGUUUGUUUGUAAGCAUGAUGAAGUACUCAAGUGUUUUGUAACCAGGAACCCCAAGAUCAUCUUUAACCACUUCCAUUUCCUGCUGGAGUGUCCUGAGCUCAUGUCUCGCUUCAUGCACAUCAUCAAAGGCCAGCCCUUUAAGGAUAGGUGUGAGUGGUUCUACGAGCACUUACUGGCUGGACAACCCGACUCUGAUAUGGUCCAUCGGCCAGUCAAUGAGAACGACAUUCUUCUGAUUCACCGAGAGUCGAUAUUUCGCAGCAGCUGCGAGGUUGUGUCGAAGUCCACCAACGAGAAGUUGAAGAAGGGCAUCGCUGUACGCUUUCAUGGAGAAGAGGGAAUGGGUCAGGGGGUGGUUCGAGAGUGGUUUGACAUUCUGUCUAAUGAGAUCAUCAAUCCGGACUACGCACUGUUCACACAAUCGGCAGAUGGCACUACAUUUCAACCCAACAGUAACUCCUCCGUCAACCCAGACCAUCUAAAUUACUUCAGAUUUGCUGGUCAGAUCCUUGGCCUGGCACUUUACCACCGCCAGUUGGUUAACAUUUACUUCACACGCUCCUUCUACAAGCACAUACUGGGAAUCCCAGUAAAUUACCAGGAUGUGUCCUCCAUUGAUCCAGAGUAUGCCAAGAACCUGCAGUGGAUAUUGGACAAUGACAUCAGUGACCUGGGCCUAGAGCUCACAUUCUCUGUGGAGACAGAUGUGUUUGGAGCCAUGGAAGAGGUUCCUCUCAAGCCAGGAGGAACCAGCAUCCAUGUCACCCAAGAUAACAAGGCAGAGUAUGUGCAGCUGGUCACAGAGCUGAGGAUGACUCGGGCCAUUCAGCCCCAGAUCAACGCUUUCCUGCAGGGCUUCCACACCUUCAUCCCUCCAUCACUCAUCCAGCUCUUUGAUGAGUAUGAGCUGGAGUUAUUGCUGUCUGGCAUGCCAGAGAUUGACGUGAUGGACUGGAGGAGGAACACAGAAUACACUAGUGGCUACGAGGAGGAGGAACCAGUCAUCCAGUGGUUUUGGGAAGUAGUUGAGGCACUCACUCAAGAGGAGAGGGUUCUUCUGUUACAGUUUGUCACUGGGAGCUCCCGUGUUCCACAUGGGGGGUUCGCUUUUCUUAUGGGGGGCAGUGGCUUGCAGAAGUUCACCAUCGCUGCAGUACCAUACACAUCCAACUUAUUACCUACCUCUAGUACCUGUAUCAACAUGCUGAAACUCCCGGAGUACCCCAGCAAGGAUGUGCUGCGUGACCGGCUGCUGGUAGCGCUACAUUGUGGGAGCUAUGGUUACACCAUGGCAUAAAGCUGGCCCAUCUAUUUUUCCUACGCUGCCUACUAUACGGACACUUGUGCACAUACAUGCGCUCGCAUGUUUACCUCAGUUCAGGGAAAGUAUCUCAUUCCUCUGACCCUGAGCAGUGUUUAUCUGAUUUCAUUGCAUUACUUUAGAUACGCAGAUCCAAAAGACAAGGGCAGACAUGAAUAUUGAAUACAUAAAGGUGCGUAACACUCAAAAGUCGAUGUAUGUAACUUUGCCAGUGACUCUAAUCUGUUCUGCCAGUGUUAUACGUUGGUGUGCGUGAUAGUGUGUGUGUGUGUGUGUGUGUGUGUGUGUGUGUGUGUGUGUGUGUGUGUGUGUGUGUGUGUAUUAGAGUUUGAAAUGAGUUAAAACCUUGCAUAACUGACAUAGGAAAUUACAAAACAUGGCUGGAUGUUAUCUUGUAAUUUUUAGAACAAGGAGACAGGGUGGCAACAUGACAAUGUUGGCCUCCUGUAUGCAAAUGUAACCCUUUUUUCCUGCGAGCUGGCAGUGACUCAUGCUAGCAGAGUAAUGUAGAACCUCCCUACUUCUGCCAUGAAUGCUGUGAUAUAGUCCAUGUACUGUCAGAUUGGUUCACAGUAAUGCUGAAAAUCCUUUAAUGUAUAGUAUUUUUGCAAAGAUUCUGUGAAAAUAGCAGAGUGCAAAUUAGAUCAGUGGUGCCAAAAAUUCCUAGGAAAAGCAAGGUCCAAUAAUUGUGUGUUGGUAAUAAGGGUUUUGAAAGGGUAUAAUGUAUCAUUUUAUUAAUGUCAGAACUGUGCCCUGAGCAAGAUUUAAGUGAUUUAAGUGAAUGAAAAUAUGGACAUAUAUUUAUACUUGUUAGAAUUUAUCACAUUGAUUUGGCUGCGUAAUUGUUUUUUCCCAUUUGUAAAUAGUGCUUAUUGUGUACGUAAUCUUUAAGGAUUUUUUUUCCAAGAUGACUGCAAAUAUUGAAGUAUGUAUUUUACUACAUGGGUUUUAUUGGACUGAUUCUGUGAGUAUGCCGGCAUGUGUGGGUAAGUGCUCCAGGCAAACAUUCUCAGCACAGGGUGUAAUGGAACAGAGGCUUGGGGCUGUUUGUAAGACCAUCUACACUAAAGUGCACAUGACCAUGUCUGUCAAGUCCUCUGUGUGGAUAUUACUGCUAGUCUUAACAUGUAAUAUGCUGUAGCAAUCAAUAAGUUGCCACAUUGCUAAGAUGUGUACUGUGUUCUGAUAGGCUGAUCAGGAUCCUAAUGAGGGCACUUGGGUCAUUUUCACCUCCCAAUGCUGUCUACUGUUUCUCCUACUGGGAGUGAACGGAGUUAAAAACAUAAAAAGUAGAAUGAAUUGACAGAAUUAAUUGACAGUGACACUAAAUUAAAAAAAAUUAAAGCUUUAGAUAUUUUUACCAAAAACAUGUAGCUUUAUAAUUCCUUUAAGAUUACCUACGCAAAUCAUUUCCCUUAGUUACCACAAAAGUAGCAAAGAAUAAAUAAAACUAGUGGAACAUGCAAAGUGGAAGUGAGUAGCUUUAAAUGGUAUGCAGCUACUACAGCUUUUAUUAGACUUUGUACAACACUGUAAUAUUGUAUUGCAGGGUCUCACUAUUGAAGAAACACUUUCUUGAUAUUACCUGCUCACUAUGGCAACACUAUUGAAAUUACAGCUGGCUCUCCAUGGCAACACGGCAUCCAAAACCCACUCAGCAUGUAGCUGGCCCUGGGCUGGAGGAGACAUGUGAGC